AUGGCGGAGCCGAGGAUGGAGAAACCCGAACUGUCCCCUCGCGUCACCAGAGUUUUUAUCAACAAGAUGGACUCGUACGCGUCCAAAAGUAUCGCUACGCUUCUGUGUGAACGUGCGGUCGGACAGACGGAGCCCGAGGGAGAGGAGGAGAGGGUCGUGCGCAGCGGAGCGCGAGCGUUUCACGUUGUAGGAACCGUUUCUGCCAAAUGUCACGUGGACGGUCCAUAUGCCCUGGAGGAGUAUUUACAACCGAACAAGGAUGAGCUGCUUUCAAAGCUGAUGGGCUGCGACGUGGUCAUCUACAACAUUACCCAGCAUGCCGACCAGCUGGACGAAGCCCUCUGGGCCGUUUCAGCUCUCCACAAGGAAAUGGGCCGUUUUUCUGGACCAAAGAUGUUCAUCCUCGUCUCCACGGUGAUGACCUGGGCGUGCAGCAGGCCGCUCGAUCCUGAGGUCCCUUUCACUGAUGACAUUUUCUGGGGAAGAAGAGCACAUCCCAACUUCAAACCGCACAUUGACCUGGAGAAGAGGGUGGUCAAAAUGGGAAAAACGAAGAGGACACUGUUCUCCACAUACGUGGUGGCGUCAGGACUCCAGUACGGGAUGGGAGAAGAGGUCUUCCACUACUUUUUCAAGACAUCAUGGCUGGGACAAGAACAGGAAAUACCUGUCUUUGGAGACGGCACAAACAUCGUCCCCACGAUUCACAUCAGCGACCUGGCAAGUGUGAUACAGAAUGUGAUUGAACAUCAGCCCAAGCCGUAUUACCUUCUCGCUGUGGACUCAUCCAACAAUACCUUGGAGGACAUUGUGAAAGAAGUUGCCUCUGUACUUGGACCAGGGGUGAUCCAGAAGAGGCCAUCUGAGGAGGCCUUUCUCACAAAGGACUUGAGUACAAUGGAAAUUGAUUCCUUGCUCGUGAACCUACGCAUGGAGGGUGUCCAUCUCAAGGAACUGUUCUCUAUCAACUGGUUGUGUGAGACUGGUCUGGUGGACAACAUAGAGCUGGUGGUGGAGGAAUACCAGAAAGCCAGGGGAAUACUGCCCAUCCGCCUCUGUGUAUUGGGGCCUCCUGCAGUGGGGAAGAGCACGGUGUCCAGACAGAUCAGUGAAUACUAUAAACUCCAUCACAUCACACUAAAGGAAACCAUCUCUGAAACCAUCGCACAACUGGAAGAUAUUGAGCGGGAUGCUGAUCCAAGUGCAGAGGAUGAGAACUCUGCAGCAGAGGCCAAGGAGCUGCUGAACAGCCUGAAGGACAGUAUGGAGCAGUACGGAGGUCUUUUGGAUGACCAGCUGUUGGUGAAGGUGGUGAAGAAGAAGCUGAGGUCUAAUCCAUGCAGAAACCAGGGUUUUGUUCUGGACGGCUUCCCCAAGACAUACGAACAAGCUAAAGAGCUCUUCUUUGCUGAAGAUCUUGGAGCAGAAGACGGAGCAGCCCAGAUGUCUUCAUAUAGCAAGACGAUUAUGCCAGAGUUUGUGUUGUGCCUGGAUGCGACGGACGACUUCCUGAAGGAUCGGGUGAUGCUGCUGCCCGAGAGGCUGGUACAGGAGCACAACUACGAGCAGGAGCACUUCCUGCGGCGCCUGGCCCGAUACCGAGGAUACAACAUGGAGGAUGAAACUGUUGUGAACUUCUUUAAUGAGCUGGACAUCGUCCCUCUGUGCCUGGAGAUCACCAGUGAGGAUGAGCCUGACUGCCUGCUGCUGAUGCAGAAGAUCAUCGACACGGUGGGCCAGCCCAGGAACUACGGCCCAGCCAGCCAGGAGCUGGAGGAAGAGGAGAGGAGGAAGGCUGAGGAGAACAUGAGGAGAGAGGCCCAGGAGAAAGCUGAGGAGGAGAGGAGGGAGACAGAGGAGGCUGAACACAGGGCUGCACACUGGGAGGAGUGGACUAAGAGCUUGGAGGAGGUGAGGCAGCAGCAGGAGGAGGUGCUGGAGGCCGAGUCGGUCCCCAUGAGGAGCUACCUGAUGGAGCACGUCAUGCCCACUCUGACCCAGGGCCUGAUGGAGUGCUGCACAGCCCGCCCACAGGACCCCGUGGACUUCCUGGCGGAGUUCUUGAUGAAGAACAAUCCCUUCAACUACUGAAAGUGGAGGUCACUUCCUCUCGUUCUACUGAAUGCAAAUAUUAAACAAACAAACUAAAUAAAGUGGGG